UUUUCGGUGGUUGUGUUUGUGGAAUGUUGUGUUGUUAUAUAUUUUGAAUAGAAAAUUUCGCGAAAUUGUUUUUUUUUUCAAAAGUAAAAAAAAAAUAAUCGUAUUUUGGUGUGAAGUCGCGGUUAAUAAAUUGUAGAAUAUAGUUGUGCAAAAUUUGCUUCGUCAGAAAAAUCGAGUCCAUCCUUCAUAAUUUUGUUGUCGUCCUUUACAUGUGCAAAUCCUAUGGCGUCAUUAUCGUUACCAAAAGUACUUCAAUUGAAGAAAAACAGCUUGGAUGCUGAACGUGAACACUUCGAAAAGUUUCAGCGUGGCACGUCAUUAAACUAAUGCAUGCAGCUGACUCUCAACACUAACACGCUAUGGCGACACCUGCCGAUAAACGAUUCCAUCAGCUGACAUUAGCUAUACAGAAGGCAAUAAAUGCAAUCGAAACACCGGUUAAAGAGAAACAUGUCCGCAGCGCUAUCAUCGGAACCUUCCAGGAACAGAGCGCCAUCACGUAUUGGAUGGUGGCUAUACGACAGCCCCUUCAAGAUAACCGCAUAGUCGCGUGGAAGUUCUGCCACGUGACCCACAAGUUGCUCCGCGAGGGACACCCGGCGUGCCUCGACGACUCGCAGCGGCACAUUGGAAUGAUCGAGAACCUGGGGAAGUUGUGGAUGCACCUUCGCGAAGGCUACGGCAGACUGAUCCAUCUGUACUGCACACUUCUGCUGAGCAAGCUGAAGUUUCACGCGCGCAACCCCCGCUUCCCCGGGAACAUGCAGCUCACGGUCGAAGAGUUGGACGCUAUAGCUGAAAACGAUGUUAAUAAUUACUUCCAGUUGUGUGUCGAAUUGUUCGACUAUAUGGAUGAUAUUUUGAAUUUACAAUCCGCAGUAUUCGACAGUCUCGGCAACGCGAGAGCCAACUCGAUGACGGCGAGCGGGCAGUGCCGGCUGGCGGCGCUGAUCCCGUGCGCGCAGGACUCGUCGCACAUCUACGACUGCAACGUGCGCCUGCUGUUCCGGCUACACGCGUCCCUGCCGGCCGAUACGCUCACCGGACAUAGGGAGAGGUUCCGGCAACAGUUCAAAAAGCUAAGUUCGUUCUACAAACACGCAAGCAGCCUUCAAUACUAUAGAAAUUUACUCACACUGCCAGUUCUACCGUCGAAUCCGCCUAAUUUCUUAUUACAGAGUGACUUUGGCACCUAUGUCGCACCAGUGGUGUCCAUUCCUGAGCCGCCGCCUGAUGAGGUCGAUGCCAUUGGGUCGUUGAUAGAUACUUCCGACACCAUCAGCCAGGUAUCGACACCGCCGAGGCACGACUCGCUAGAAACGCGCACGUCGCCCUCGCCCGCACCGGACCCGUUGUUAGAGAGAGACCGACUUAUUGACCAUUUGCAGAAUGAGCUCAAGAGAAUGCGGACAGAAGUGUCGCAGAUUGUACAAGAACGGAACACAAUGCUAAGCUCGAUGCGGGAACAUUGCGCACGAGUUGAAACACAACUGCAAGCGGCUAGGAAUGAACUAGAAGAGGAAAAACAAAAGGCUGAUAUUUUAGCAAUUGAAGCUCCAGAAAUCAAAAAAAAGCUCAGUGAAACGGAAGAUAAAGCGAAAGUGACCGACGAAAAGUUCCAAAAGUUAAAAGGUGCUUACACCCAGCUACGUGAAGAACAUAUCGCACUUAUCAGACAGAAAGCUGAAGUAGACAAGUUAACGUCCACUUUACGUGCCGCCGCGGCGCAACACGAGAGUGCCAAGAUGAUGCUACAACAGCAAUUAAACGAUCGAGUGAAGGAUGUUGAACUCCUUCAGCAAAGCGCAUCGUCCAGUGAAGAAAUUGAAGCGUAUAAAAUGGAAAUAUCGAAUCUCCGAACAGAUUUAGAACAAUCUAGACAAAAGGAAGUUGAAUUAGAAACUUUACGAGCAUCCAUCGAAUCCUUACAAAUCGAUCAUAAAACUGCAACAACCGAGCAAGAAGAGAAGAUAUCAAUUAUGGCGAGUGAACUAAAAGAAGCUUCCGAAAGUCUUGAUAGGUUAAAGAAAGAGAAAAUGGAAAGCGAAGCAGAAUUAACCAAAGUCAAGGAAGAGUUGCAGAGUAUUAAGCAAAAGAGCGGAGAAGAUUUCAAAAAGGUUGUACAAGAAAAAGAAGAGGCUCAGAAACAAAUAACAGAACUCACAAUAAAAUAUCAGCAGGAAAAAGAGCUUGUGGAAGCUAGGUUGAUGCAUAUAGAGCAGGGGAGACUGAACGCAGAAUGUGAAUUACAGGAUCUAUUGCAACAAAACACUGUGCUAGAAGCAGACAUGGCGUCUUUAAAAAUACAAUUAGAAGAGGCCCAUAGGGAAAUAAAGAAACAAAACUCAAAGAUUGUAACUUGUGCCGGAGAAGCGGCAUUAGAAGUAACGAAUACUGCCAUUUCGACGUUAGAACAUUCCAAUGCGCAAGAUGCGAAUAAAUUAGCCGCCGAACUUGCUUCUAAGGCUUUCGAAGAACUUGCCAGAAAGUCACAGUUGGAAGGAAAUGAAGAAGCUAUUGCAAAAUCAGCCAUCUAUGCUGCUCACAAUACCGCUCAACUGUCUUCGUAUGCGUCAGAAGUAUCCAACCUGUCCACUGAUUUGGAACUUAUAGAAAAAUUGAACAGCGACUGUCGAAGCAUGCUGACGGCGGCGCAGCAGUGCCUCGACUCGGUGAAGAGCGGCGCGAUAGACCGCGGCGCGUGUCUGCAGGCGCGCGGCGGCGUGCUGGGCGUGGCGCGCGCCGCCGCCGCCGCCGACCGGCUCGCCGCCGGCGCGCGCAGCGUGGACGACGAGCUGGCGGACAUGGACCUGGCCAUCGAGCAGGCGGCUUCCCAGAUCGAGAAUCUACUGGCAGCCAGUAAGGCAGGUGACUCCGGAGUGCAGCUAGAGGUGAACAGUAAGAUUCUGGACGCGUGCACGACGCUCAUGGGCGCUGUGAAGGUGUUAGUCCAGGAUGCGAGGAAACUGCAGAACGAGCUGGGAGACCCCAAAACGAGGCAGAAGAUGUAUCGCCGCAACCCGCAGUGGUCUGAGGGGCUCAUAUCCGCGGCGAAGGCGGUUGUCUUCGCGGCUAAGUUAUUAGUGACGAGCGCAGACGAGGCGGUGUCGUCGUCGGGCGGCAAGGUGGAGGGCGUGAGCGCGGCGGCGCACGAGGUGGCGGGCAGCACGGCGCAGCUGGUGGCGGCGUCGCGCGCGCGCGCCCCGCCCAGCGCGCCCGCGCUCGCGCGCCUCACCGCCGCCUCGCGCCACGUCGCCGCCGCCACGGGCGCGCUCGUCGCCGCCGUGCGCUCCGCCUCCGCGCUCGUGCGCGACAAGGAGGCGCUCGACACGUCAGCGCUGACGCUGACGGCGACGCGGCGGCUCGAGAUGGAGAGCAAAGUGCGCGCGCUCGAGCUGGAGAGCGCGCUGGACGCGGAGCGCGCGCGCCUCGCCGCGCUGCGCAAGCGCCACUACCAUCUCGCGCACCUUGAGGAGAAUGGAAACAUUGAAAAUGGAAAGGAGUGAAGAACAAAAGACAAUAAAAAUAAUUAAAGAAUAUAUAAAAGCACUCCACAUUAUUUUCACAAGAACUAUUUAGCAUUUCUAAUGAAAAAAAACAUUCUGUAUUUGCAUUUACGUUAUUCGUUUUUUACCAACCCAAUAUUUGGUACCUUAUCCCCGUAUUCAGCUAAAUGUAAGUGCUUGUAAGUUUAGAUUGUGUAAUUGUUUAGCAAAAUAAAAUCCAUGACGUAUCCACAAAUCCUUAAAAAAUAAAGGAAAAAAUUUAAUGACAAUUAAGUUCAGAUAAGAAAGUAAAUGACAAUGAAAUACUUCCAACUACUAAUGAACGUUUCGGAUCACACGUAUGUGGAAACUUAGCUUUAAGAUAACAUGAUAAUUUAUAAUAUAUUACAGCCUGUAUUGUAUUUUUAAAGCAUUUUUUUAUUCUUUUAUUCAAUUCAAAUUAUGUACUAUAAAUUUCGUAUAUUCUUCUAUUUUUAGACUAGGACCAUAUCUAUCUUUGUGAGCAUCAUAAGAGUGAUUUUAGACAGGCUAUUAUUUAGCUUUAGUGUAUCAUUUGUAACUGAAUUGUACUAAUAAAAAUAUCUAUGACAAA